AUAAAAAAAAAACAAAACCAUAAAAGACGGGAAAGAACAGUCCUUUUUAUUUUUCGUGUUUGAAAAACGAAAGCAUAAAAUAGCCACCUCUUCUCCUCAUCAAUUCUAAAAUCCUCCGUCCUGCUACGGACACUUUCUUCCAUCUCCGCCGCUCCGGCCACCACAUCGUGCACGACGCCGGUCAAAGCGCACCUCUUCGGAAUCCAAAUCGGAGCGUAACCCUAGCUCGUCGCUCCAGAUGCGCCGGCCGCGCGCCGCUGAUGGCUCCUGACGCGACGGACGCCGCCGGCGGCGGCGACCUGUUCGCCGCCAACCUCAAGGGCUCGCUCCUCGCCGUCGCCUCCUCCGCCUUCAUCGGGGUCAGCUUCAUCGUCAAGAAGAAGGGCCUCCGCCGCGCCGGCGCUGCGGGCUCCCGAGCAGGCGUCGGAGGAUAUGGGUACCUUAUGGAGCCGCUUUGGUGGGUCGGGAUGGUCACUAUGCUUGUUGGGGAGAUAGCCAACUUCAUUGCCUACAUGUUUGCACCGGCCGUCCUCGUCACGCCGCUGGGCGCACUCAGCAUAAUUGUAAGUGCCGUUCUAGCACAUUUCACACUGAACGAGAAGUUACAGCGGGUGGGCGUGCUGGGUUGUGUUCUCUGUAUUGUUGGGUCGACAGUUAUCAUCCUCCAUGCUCCCCAAGAGAGAACCCCAAGCUCAGUAGAUGAGAUUUGGCACUUGGCGAUACAACCCGACUUCCUUUGCUAUGCCACCUUUGCAGUAGCAGUGUCGCUGUUCCUGAUGAUAUAUUGUGCUCCACGGUAUGGGCAGAUGAACAUAAUGGUGUAUGUUGGAAUUUGCUCAGUGAUCGGAUCAUUGACGGUAAUGAGCAUUAAAGCUGUGGGCAUUGCCAUUAAGCUUACAAUCGAGGGCAUAAACCAAGCUGGCUACUUUCAGACAUGGCUAUUUGCAGUGAUUUCAGCAACAUGCAUAGUUAUCCAAUUAAUUUACCUUAACAAGGCGCUGGAUACUUUCAAUACAGCAGUUGUCUCACCCAUUUAUUAUGCCAUGUUCACAACCCUCACUAUUUUAGCAAGUGCAAUAAUGUUCAAGGACUGGUCUGGGCAGAGUGCAAGCAAAAUUGCAUCCGAGAUUUGUGGAUUUCUUACAGUUCUUGCUGGUACUGUUGUGCUACACUCUACUAGAGAACCUGAUCAAACUCUAUCGGCAGACCUGUAUGCACCUCUUCCUCCAAAGAUAUACUGGCACAUCCAAGGAAAUGGGGAUAUAGGUAAACAAAAAGAGGAGUCACUUCCCUGUGACAUUAUAACUGUUGUGCGUCAAGACUACUUUGUCUAGAGGCCAUUCUGGAUUGCUUGUGUUUCUUGCACUAUUUAUUUCUCCUUGGUGGAGAUUUGCACGAUCACAGAGCCUAUCAUUCAUAAUCCCCUCAAGACCAUCUUGCCACCAAGAUCAAAGCAACUGUAAAAUUUUGUAGACAUGUUGCUGGACCGUGUACCAUUUGUCGCACACUCACAACAAAGCUAAAUGGUCACUCAGUUCUCAACAAACUUAGCCCUCUAGCCUGACAGCUAUGUGAAGAUAUUGUACAAAGUUUGCCAGGGAUGUAGUUUUCCUUACCAUUUCAACUGAAGGCAAAGUAUACAAGGCUCGUCGCCUAUCAUUGGCGUGGCACUUUGUUCCCUUUGUACGGUCCGGAAUGUAAGUUUAUGUAUUUGAGGUUGUCUUGUAUAGUCCAUUCUGUAUCUAUCCGGUCAUGCCCUCUAGUUCGGUUGAGGCUCAGGAAUUGACACAAGCAAGCUGUAUGGUUCUCUCUCUUUGUAAUACUAACCUUUCAGCCCCAUCUCUUCCCUUUUAGUUAUGUUUAUAAGCUAAAAUUUAAAUUUUUGGUCUUAAAUUUAGAGCAGA